GAUCCAGCUGCCCAGGAGUCCUACUCAGACACAAUGUUGCUGCUACUGGCUCUGGUGUGUGUGGCCCUGGCUCAUCCUUUUGAGGAGGACUUUGAAGGCAAUCGAGUGUUCCGUGUCACUGUACCUGAUGAAGACCAUGUCAACUUGAUUCAGGAGCUGGCCAACACCAAGGAGAUUGAUUUCUGGAAACCAGAUUCUGCUACACAAGUGAAGCCGCUCACUUCAGUUGACUUUCAUGUUAAAGCAGAAGAUGUUGACACUGUGGAGAACUUUCUAGAGAAGAAUGAAUUUCACUAUCAGGUAUUGAUAAGCAACGUGAGAAAUGUUAUGGAUGCCCAGUUUGAUAGCCACACCCGUGCAACUGGACACAGUUACACCAAGUACAACAACUGGGAAAAGAUAGAGGCUUGGAUUAAACAAAUUGCCAGUGAGAAUCCACAACUCAUCUCUCGGAGCACCAUUGGUACCACAUUUGAAGGGCGUAACAUACAUCUCCUCAAGGUUGGCAAAGCUAAAUCAAAUAAGCCUGCCAUCUUCAUUGACUGUGGUUUCCAUGCAAGAGAGUGGAUUUCCCCUGCAUUCUGUCAGUGGUUUGUAAGAGAGGCUGUCCGCACCUAUGGACAAGACACCCAAAUAACAAAGCUUCUUGAUGAAUUGGACGUUUAUGUUCUGCCUGUGGUAAACAUUGACGGCUAUGUUUACACCUGGACUAAGAGUCGAAUGUGGAGAAAGACCCGAUCUACUAGGGCCGGAAGUUCCUGCGUGGGUGUAGACCCUAACAGAAAUUUUAAUGCUGGUUGGUGUGAAGUGGGAGCUUCUCGAAGUCCCUGUUCUGACACUUACUGUGGACCAGCCGCAGAAUCUGAAAAGGAGACCAAGGCCCUGGCAGAUUUCAUCCGCAAGAACCUCUCCUCUAUCAAGGCUUACCUGACGAUUCACUCAUACUCGCAGCUGCUGCUCUACCCUUACUCCUAUGCAAAUAAGCUGCCUGCGAACCACCAGGAAUUGAAUGCUGUGGUGAAAGCUGCAGCCAAGCAACUUGCCUCUCUGUAUGGUACCAAGUACACGUAUGGCCCAGGAGCGACAACCAUCUAUCUUGCUGCUGGGGGUUCUGAUGACUGGGCUUAUGAUCAAGGGAUCAAAUAUUCCUUCACUUUUGAACUCCGGGAUACAGGCACGUAUGGCUUUCUCCUUCCUGAGUCCCAGAUCGGCCAAACCUGUGAGGAGACAAUGCUUGCAGUCAAGUACAUAGCCAAUUAUGUCCGAGAACAUCUGUAUUAGUGAAGAUCACAGCACACCUUAUUUCGAAAUGUUCACUGUGCAUUUCUGGUCUGUCUUGACUGUUUUGUUUGUAUGAAGGCUUUGCAGAUCCUACUCUUUUAAUUUUCUGGGUGUAUUAACCUACUUGGACCUCUAAAACUCAUCCUAAUAAAAAUCAUAUCAUUACUAGAAAA